CCUACUUCCUUUAUUUCAUACCCCAUUAAAUCAAAAAGAAAAUUCUCUUACAUUAAUUAGUAACGGCCCCCUGAUUAAGACGGAAAAAUUGCCUUUUUUUUCAAAACAAGUGAGGGAAAGAAACUUUUCAAUGAGUGCACACAGAAGUGGAAGCAGGUGGAUUCCGUCUAGCGUGAAAAAAUCAACCCAGAGCUUCGCAUUUCGACUUCAGCCACGAGACCCAGUUGCGGUUUUGCGUCAAUUUUUUUUUAGUGAAAUUAUUAGAAUUUAAUUAUUUGUGUUAUUAGAUUGUGAUGGACUGUGUUUUUGUAUAAUUUGGUUUUUCUAUUGAAUGAUGUUUGUACUUUUAGUAGUGCUUUCGGUUGUUGUGGAUUAGUUUUCGGAUUUAUAGAGGAAUGCAAUGUAGGCGAUGGCAAAUUGGCAAGAGGCCUUUAAAUUUUGUUGGCUCUCCUUCAUUCUACUGAAUUUUGUGAUUACUGUCAAAGCCCUCCAAGACAACCGUUGCUAUCUAGAAAACGGCGCCUCUUCCGAAACCUUCUUCGUCCCUGAAGACUUACCAGUAGGCGACGUCAUUGGCAGACUGAAAGUAGUAGGAGACCCUAGACCUGUAGUAGGAACCAUAUCCUUGCGACUCAAAGAGGCGGACAGCCCUGUGGAAAUUGCAGAAGGCUCCAAAAACCUCACCCUGAAAAGUAUAUUAGAUAAAGAAGGAAUCGACGGACCAGCUUCAGUGUUUGUCAGCUUAAUUUGUGACAAGCUGGGCACUUUGGAUCCUGGAUUUGUUAUUCCGAUCAAUAUCAGAGUUACAGAUGCCAACGAUAACGCACCGAUAUUCAUCAACGCCCCCUACGUCCUCAACAUCUCCGAAGUAACAGUUGUCGGAACCAGAGUACUUCAAGGAGUCCACGCCAUCGACAAUGACCAACAAGGACCUUUUUCCAGCGUUAAGUUCUCAGUACUCCCCGGACCAAGUUCGGAUUUUUUCGAAUUCGAAAACGAACUUGAAGGUACCCUGGUACUAAAAAAACCUUUGGACUAUGAAACUUUGAAGAAGUUUGAUGUCAAUAUAAGGGCGCAAGACCAUGGAGAACCCCCAAAAAGUGCUGAUACAGUACUGACAGUGCACGUUAUAGAUGCUGACGAUCAAAAUCCAAGAUUCUUGGAUGAUCGCUACACAGCUUUAAUUCAUGAGCGGGCCUUAAAAGGCACGAUUUUAAAAAUCAAACCCAGAGAUAUCCGGGCUUUUGACCAAGACGAAGGGAUAGGGGCCCCAAUUUAUUAUACAUGGAAUGGAGUAGGGAGUGAGUAUUCCUUGUUUGGGUUAGACAGGCAAACUGGCAAGAUUAGUUUGACCAAAAACUUGGAGGAAAGCGAUUUGAGAUAUAGUGCUACUUUGGUUUUGAGAGCCACCCAACAAGACAAUCCAGACAGAUACGCAUUGGCAACACUGACAGUUACGAGAUCAUCUUCGAUUAAGGGCAUCAAAUUCACUUAUCCAGUGUUCAACUUUCGGGUAUCUGAAGCCCUUAUUCCAGGUGCUUUGGUGGGAAGUUUGGCCAAUAAUCGUCCAGGCCAUCAUCUCAAAUACUUCGUUUCGGAUCAGAGUGUUUUAAAAAUGUUUGCUAUCAAUACUCUAGGGGAGUUGUCACUUAAAGGCAAACUAGACUUUGAGGCUAAGCCGGAGUUUAUUUUCAAAGUGUUUGCUACUGAUGGGAAAACGAAUGACUCCAGUGCAGUAAACAUAACGAUAGAAAAUGUCAACGAGUGGGAACCGCGCUUUAGAUAUCCUCACUACGAAUUCUUUGCCGGAGGCACUCAAGAUUUGGUUGGCAGAAUUGAAGCUGCAGACGGUGACAGAGGUGAUAAAUUGACUUUGGCCUUAUCUGGCCCAGAUGCUUCCAUGUUCUUUAUCACUCCCAGUGGAGAGUUGAGGCUUAGAAAUUAUGGCAAAGAUAUUCCUGGAGCAACUGCUUCGCUUACAGUGACGGCUACAGACAGUGGAGAGCCUCCUAAAAAGGCCACUGUACCAGUUACAGUGCACUUUUCUGGUUCUAGUUCAGACGUUCCGGUAGCUGGAAGAGGUGCAAGUAAAACUUCAGCUCCUGUUUUGUUGGCUGCCCUUGGAACUGUACUAUUGUUGCUGAGUUUUGUUGUCGUCUUAUUGGUUGCUUAUAUUUGUAAAGUUAAAAAAAACUCCCAAGUCGAUACUACUAGUCCACUCCCAGAAGAAACUAAAACCGAAAAAAGGCCAGUCAGCAAUCCGAUGUUUGCCGGUCCAGAUAAAAAUCGCGUUUCAGCCACUGCUGUAGCCUUGGGAGGCAUCCCAAGGCCCAGCCCCAAAAUUCAUCCGGCACCCCAACCACCCCACAGUUUGACCGCCCUUUGGCCUACGGCUUCUGCCAGGAUCAAAAAGUUAAGCUGGGGCGAUGACAAGACUGAUACUGAAAGCAACGAGAAUCUGAGCAACAUUGACGUCACACCCAAAUUAUCAGAGAGUAGCAAUUUGACAGUGUAUUUUUAAACAUUAAAGUAAAAUUAGGUACCUUGUAAUAAUUGUAAAAUAAACUUUUUUUUCUUUAAGUGCGUUUAUUUCAUGAAUCAAUCGUAUUUAUUUGUCGUUGCGGAGAUACAGCACAACGUCUGGAAUCAAC